AUGUUGAGGAUGACAGCAUUUGUAGCUUUAACAGCACAAUUAGCACGUGAAACAUUUCCAUUUUACACUUGCAUCCCUAAAACACAUUUUUUUAGUAAUGGUCGCCUAUGUCACUGCGACUUAACGGGCCGGUGGUCAGAAAAGGACUGUCAACAGGUACCACAUCGCACGUCAUGUCAAAAUGGACAGAUUAUUUGGUUAGGUUGUAAUCAAUGCAUAUGCAAUAAAGGCAAAUUACAUUGCACGGAAAUUUACUGUAGUGAUAAGAUAUACAAUACACGCAGAGAAUUGUCGGUUAUUGGUUAUUGGUGUAUUCCCUUGAAAUACUACAGAAUAAACUGCAGCAUCUGUUUUUGUCCAGCAUCUGGUCGUACAUCCGAAGCUCAAUGUACAGUUGAUGCUUCUUGCUUAUCUAAUCAGCAAUCAUCGGACAAGCUUGCAUCUGUAUAUGAUACUAAUUGUAUACCAAACGUUAUGUACAUUUUCCCAUGCCUUCAGUGCUUGUGUUCAGACAACGGAAGAUUUUUGCUUGAAAAAUGUUUUGAGGUAUGUCAAACACCGACACAGGUUAAAUUAAUUAAAAAAUGUAAGCCUGGAUCAUUUUAUAAACAAAACUGCAAUGUUUGUCGUUGUCCACAUAACGGUAUUCGGGACGAGAAAAUAUGUUUUAAUACCACUUGUAAUGUUAACUCGUCGAAAUCAAAUUUAGUUAGUCUCCUAAUCUCGCAAAAUAGUUGCAUUCCUUACACUUUCACGAGACCAAGAUGUUUCAUUUGUGACUGUAAUACGAAAGGCACUCUUAAUGAUAAUUCUUGCUCAGAAAUAAAUUGCACGAGAAACUUCGAAUUAUAUAAUGUUAAUCGGAACGAGUCAUGCAAUCCAGAAGAGAUUUUGCCAGUUUGUGUGGAAUGCAUUUGUCUCAAAAAUGGUUCAUUCAAUGAGAAAUAUUGCACCAGAACUUGUAAUAAUCAAAAUAAAUUAAUAAUACUAGAGGAAAUAUUAACAGAUAGCCAAAAAAUACAAAAUUUAAUUACACACACUGAUAUUAAAAUAAUAGCUCCAAAGAGUUCAUGUGAAAAGAAUUCUAUAUUUUUAUUUGACGACAAAUACUGUAUAUGCGCUAGUGGUAAAGCAAUUCUUAAAUAUUGCAAGCCUUUCACACAAGAAAAAAAUUAUACAAGUACUCGUAAUUACAGAACGUCCAUUAAUAAUCAACAAAAAUUUAAUGCCGAAACUCUUUGUCAGCCGAACACUUUUGUAGAAUUCGAUUGUAAUACCUGUUACUGUUCUAAAAAAGGAAAACUUGAUCCAAAGUGGUGUACCUAUGACGACUGCGAAGCAAAACGGUUGAUACAGGAAUCAAAUAAACUAAACAAUUAUUUUACGUCAGAGAAAUUGUCAGACACUUGUACACCUGGUUCAAUUUUCAAGGAAAAGUGCAAUUAUUGCAUUUGCCCCGAAAGCGGUUUGUCGAAGGAUAAAACAUGCACAAAAAGUUACUGUUCAAGUGUCGAUCAGUUCCAUAAUACUGUAAAUUUCACUUGUGAGCCCUUAGCUUAUUACGAAGUAGAUUGUAACAUUUGUUUAUGCCCGAGAGAUGGAUUAAAAAAUGUCGCAAAAUGUACAAAAAAUAUUUGCGAGAAAAAAUUUCUUAGAUCAGAUACUUGCUCUCCAGGGCAUCUAUUUAGCGAAAAGUGUAAUGUUUGCGUGUGCCCACUAAAUGGAAACAAAAACGAUAAAGUUUGUACAAAUCAUAUAUGUCCUGAGGUAGCAACGUGGUCAAAUUUUGAAUUAUCAUCUUCAAAUUUAUUAGAAGAUCGAAUUGGUGUUGAUACUAAACGGAGUCUAGAUUUAUGUUUUCCUGGAGAACGAUUCAUUAUUGAUUGUAAACAAUGUGUUUGUCCCGAAACAGGAUUAAAAAUUUAUGCUAUAUGUGACAACUCACAUUGCAGUGACAAGAAUCUGAUAUCAAAUGUAAGUACCCAUCACAUUUUUCCGUUCACUGUAAUUUUUCUUAAAAUUCCCGAUGCAUUUCAACAUCUUUUCUUUUCUAGGGAACAACAGAAUAUGCAACUUAUAAAAUCACAUCCUCUAGUUCGAAUUCGUCGAGACGUCCCAUAUAUUCCAUACAACAGCAGCCUACAUGAGAAGCAAUUCACACCAGAAUCCAUGUACAUUAUCUGCGAAAAUAAAAAUUUUACAGAUGCCCGUCCAUCAUUCCUAAUCAAUGCUAAAAUAAUCAUUUAA